AUGUCCUUGGUCAACCUCGCCAACGUAUGCUCGCAUCUCCAAAACGCAUCUCUCGCUCGCCUCGGACUUACAUCGAUUCCUUACACAAAAUGGCACCUGUCAUUGGCACUGCUGCUGCAAAAGCAAGGCUUUCUAUCCCAGGUCAAACUCGGAGGCGCAUCACCUCCGGCGUCCUGCUUUGCUCCAGGACCGAGAGAUAAUCACCACGUCUCUAAUCAUCCACAAGGCGCGGCAGGUCGGAAUCCCCGCAGUCCCGAGGCUGCACUCGCAUUGACAGUCAGACAUGGCAUGACGCGGACACAAUUACGAGGGAUGGGAUUCACCCACGAGGCUCUUGAAUUCGCUCAACAGCACAGCCGGAGGAGUCUGGAAGAUUUGGAAGCUCAGGGCUGGCCGCAGCAGGUCGUGCGAUUCAUCGCGGAUAUCCGUGCUCAGAUUGAGGCACUCGAGGAAGAGCGGAGAUCGGAUAUCGAAAGAGAGCGAUAUGAACAGCAGACAAGAGUACGGUGGGAGGCGGGAGAGUCAACAUCAAGAUUUGCUGGAGACAGAGAAGCUGAGCUCACACCAGAAGCACUCCAAGAAGAUGUCCUGAAGCACCUCUCUCCCGAGCAGCGAGAGGUUUACAUUCGCUACAGCAACGUGUCGCAAGAGGAGCUUUCGCAGGUACGAUUCGACUUCGACACCUUGGCCGCCGUCGCCGGAAAGUAUGCUCUCCGUACCGAGCUGGACAUCAAAAGAGGAGGCAUUACCAUCUCAGCCAUGGGACUGGACAUUCCUAAUCAAUCCGUCACACUACCCAAAGAAGCCUUCGAAGACCCGAAGAUGCUCGACGCAGAAGGUGUCGUCACGCAAGAGAACCGCGCAUCUCGUCGACUAUGGCUGGGUCUAAAGUACUACGAAAGCAGUCCGGUGCUCAGCAAGGCGAGGAUGAUCAGCAAGCCCACAAAGAGGAUAUUGCUGAGCAGUCGAGACUUGGGACGGGUGGUGAGAGGGCAUCAAGCGGGUGAAGUGAAGCCAUUGACACAGAUUGGCGAGAUCAUGGCGGUGAGCACCGACAAGGGCAUCAUGGAGGCGAGAGAAUGCGCGGAAAGGAGGAUAGGCGGGAUGCCGUUGUGCCGAGUGUGGUAG